CUAAGCAAAGCAUUUUAUUAAAAAUUACAUAAAGACAACAGAGAGUAAACGAAUUCAUAUUAAAAAGAGUCUUGUUAAAAAAAUAAUCAACAUUAUUGAACGUCCUGCAUCAAUUUAUUCAGUAAACACUAUUCAACACGAUGUAUUAUUUCACACUUUUAUGCCUUCCAUGGCUUUUUUUAUCCGCAACAGCUGUGGAGUACAAAGUUACUCUGGUAACAUCCGCUGGAGUACAGGAUGCCACUAUAUCAAUUGAGUUGACAGGCGUGUUUGGAAGGAGUCGUGCAGAGCAGCUUGGUACUGGAAAUUUUUUUCAAAAUGUAGGGAUACAUGGACCAAUUUCUGUAAAUUUGGCGCAAUCGCUUGGUGAUAUAUUGUCGUUCAAGCUGACAUUUUCUUCGCAAACUGCAAAUUCCAUCACUAUAACACAGGUGCUUAUUGCAUACACAGGAAGGGUACGAACUUAUUUAGCUGAUAAUAUAGUUCUUACGACUUUGCAAUCUGCAGAAAGAUCAUUCCCAACCACUUUAACAAAGCCAAGAGUAACUUUCGAUUCAACCAUCCCUACAUCGACUCCUGUAGAAAUCAAUUCUGGGGAAAACCACAAUUUGCGAGUCCCCACGACGGAUAAUGUCAAGUAUGCAUGGUAUUCUCAUCGAACUCAGCAAUACAAAUUAAUUUCCAACACGUCGCAGUAUAACAUCACAAAUGCCAAUGGAGGAGAUGCUGCGUCAUAUUUCUGUAUUCUCUCGUUAGGUGCUGACAUUGUGAAAACAGAUGAAUUGGAAAUCGUCGUCAACUUUGCAGACGUACUUCCAUUUUCUGUCACAAUUAUAGGAGCACCAUAUAUCCAAGAAGGAAACGAUCUCCAGAUACAAUGUCAAGCUAUCAGUUAUCCAGCCAACCCAACGAUCGGUUGGUACAAAGGUGGAGUAUAUCUUCCGUCAUCCAAUGGAGUAUUAAGUUUCACAAAGAUUUCAAGGAAUCAGAGUGGUGAUUACGUAUGUAGAGCAAAUUCAAGCAAAUCACAAGAUGAACGAACGGUAGCUGUUCAAGUUAACUAUCUAGAUGCACCUAAGAUCAACUCGACAGCAAUGUAUAACUUAACCGUGUACGUUAAAAAAGGUGAAGAAUUAUCCGUGACAUGCCUCGCUGAGGGUUAUCCAAAAGUGAGCUAUGCUUUUUUCGAUGACGAAAAUAAUUCACUGCCACUGGAGUCUAAUUUAAAUACAGUAAGAUUAAAAGAACCCAAAACUGGACGGUAUUCGUGUCGAGCAAGUAAUCUCUACUUUACUCGAACGCAAUCGAUUUUUAUAAAUGCGACAACCACAACCAAUCCUUCUUCUGCGGAUAAUGUCGAUGAUGAUGACGAUUUUUGGACAACGACCAUAAUUAUCAUGUUUGCAGUAGCUGGAGCAUUUCUGCUCAUUAUCGUUAUCUUAAUCAUAUGUCUGUGUGUAUUGUGCAGAAAGAAAAAGACGCCAAAAUCAGAGAUGAUGAGUUAUAACUCUCAACCACAGUUUCACUUGAACAAUGAAGCAAAAAGCAUUUCUUAUCAUCCUGAUAACCAACAUAAACAUUAUAAUGAAGAUACUUUAGAAAAGCAACCAUCUGGUAAAACCAUGGGGAACGUCAAUAGAUUGAGUAUAUCGUCUGAUGAAUAUAAAAGUAGCGAGACUGGGCUUAGUGUUGGUACACAUAGAAAUGGCACGUUAAGAGCCGUGCACAAUGAAAACAAACUUGGUGAAAAUAAUGUAAGGGAGAGAUCAGUAGAUGGUUAUCAAACAAAAAUUGAUGGAAUGGAUGUCGAAUAUUGUUAAUAAUCAUUUGAAUUUUGAGAUGAUACACACGUUUUUCUAUGAUUUAUACGUUUUUAUUGAAUAAUGUAGGAUAGAUGUUACUUUUUGUUAUACAGGAUAUGAAAACUAUAGGUGUCAAGAACCAGUGAUGGACUGAUCAAUUUUGUAUUAUAAAAUUUUGUCAUACAUUUAAAUUAUCAUAUUUAAGAUCUUUAA